AUGGGAGGUGGAAAAAACCAGCAUGACUCAAGUGACAAGACUCAUGGAUCCGCUGGAGCUGCACAUGGAGGGCAUUCAAAUUACCCUCCCGGGCAUCAUCCUCUCCAACAAGGGGAAUACUGCACCAGGUGGUUACCCCUCAACAAGGGUACCCGCCUGCUGGAUACCUGCCCCAACAAGGAUACCCACCAUAAGGAUACCCACAACAAGUAUAUACCCACCUGCUGGAUAUCUGUUCCAUAUCAUGGAGACCAUGGACAUGGUGACAGUGGAGGAAUGGGGGUCAUGAGAGGAAUUCUAGCUGGGGGUGCUGCAGCAGUGGCUGCUGCCUAUGGUGCCCACCAGUUGUCGUGA